CUUCUACAGUCUACUUUGUCGGAGAAUAUCAUCACCACUUCAAAUUUCUCGCCCGUACUACGCGCACCAAUACAUUCACUGCUUACGCUGCAAAAGCGUAACAAAGAAAUCAAGUAAAAAUGCCUUUCCCAUACAAGACCGUGCUGAUCACGGGCGCCACGGCGGGCAUCGGCCGGGCCUGGACGGAGCGCAUGGUAGAAAAUGGCGUGUUCGUAGUCGCUGUGGGUCGGCGCCGCGACCGACUCGACGAGCUGGCGGCGCGAUUUGGCGACAAGAUCGGCGUGGAGGAGCACGACGUCGCCGACCUAGACGGACUUGCAUCUUGGGCCAAGUCAAUGACAACCAAAUACCCCACGUUGGACUGCAUCAUGGCCAACGCAGGGGUUCAAAACACCACCAACCUCGCAACGCUGACCAAGCCCGGCGCCGACGGCACGGCUCUGGCCAAGACCAUCACGGGCGAGGUGAACCUCAACUACCUUUCGCCCGUGCACACCGUCAUCCACUUCCUGCCGCACCUGUCCGCGCUCGGCGCCCGGGGCCAGCCGACGGCCGUGGUGCUCGUCACGUCGGGGCUGGCGCUGGUGCCCAUGUCGCGCUGCGGCAACUACUGCGCGACCAAGGCGGCGCUGCACUCGUUCGCCUGGACGCUCCGGGCGCAGCUGCGGCAGCAGCGGGAGGACGAGGGCGGCGACUCGUCGUCGUCGUCGUCGACGGUCCUGACCCGGGUGAUUGAGGUGGUGCCGCCGGCGGUCAAGACGGAGCUGCACUCGCGGCAGCCGGACCUGGUCGCGGCCGGCGCGGGAGAUUUCGGAAUGGAGCUGGACGAUUUCACAAACGAGACUUGGGCGGCCUUGUCCGGCGACGAGCCGCAGGACGAGAUCCUGGUCGGGCCGACCAAGCGGCACGCAAAGCUGGUCGAUGCGACGAGGGAGAGUUUUGUGAUUAUGGACAAGAUGAUCAGGGAGCAGGGCAAGGUUACGGGGAAGGAGACGGGGUGGGACGCUGGCAAGUAGGUGGGGGAUUUGCCAGUGGAUGUUUGGGUUUAUUUUGGACAAAGGUUGUGCUGCGUUGUCAUGAACUCUAUUCUGCGCGCGCUGCACCAAUUUUGCGGCGAUGACUGUGUGUCGACAGGCAUCUUGUUUGCCUCUUUGCCAAGAAAGCCCGAUUAGCAUAUCAAGACCAGGCGUGAUGUCCUUCUCGAAUAUAAAGUAAGUGCAAAUCAUGCCAGGGAGGGUCAAGGGUUCUUGAAAUAGUUGCGGCUGUUUCCAUUUGCCUGACUUCAUUUCAUCUCAUCCAACGUUGUGGAUCAUGUGUUUCAAGUAAAAUGCCUGUCAAAAACCCAAGGGGUGAUGCACGUCGGAUUACCACGCCAGAAACACGCCAAUCACGGAUUUACAGCAUUCACAAUAUCGAUUCCAGUCACCAAAACAGAACACGCCGUUCCAUCAAAGAAUUGAUAUGUACUCCGCUCCAGUCGAA